AAGAGGGAGCUUCUUGAACCCAAAACCAAAAAUAAAAUUUCGCUCCCUCUGUCCUCUCUUUUCCCUCUCUUCUCUCAUUUCUAUCGAGCUCUCCCUCUACUUCUCUUCAAAGCUUGUUCUUCAAUCCCGAACGAAGUCUUCUUACCCUAAUUGGUUUUGCAUUUUUUUUAAUCUUCUGGAUUGAAGAUUGGCUGUUCAAGGCUGAGGGAAUCAAAUGGCUGACCAGCGGAACCCUAGCGGGGCCCAAAAUGCUUAUAAUAUUAACACCGAUAAGUUCAAAAUACGGCUUCAGUCUUUGUACUCGCAUUGGAAUGAACAUAAGGAUGAACUAUGGGGGUCUGCUGAUGCUCUAGCAAUAGCUACGCCGCCGCCUUCAGAUGAUUUGCGGUACCUGAAAUCGUCUGCUAUGAACGUUUGGUUGCUGGGUUAUGAGUUCCCAGAGACUAUAAUGGUAUUCACGAAGAAGCAGAUCCAUUUCUUGUGUAGCCAGAAGAAGGCUUCCUUGCUUGAAGUUGUCAGGGCGGCUGCUCGGGAUGUUGCAGGGGGUUUAGAUGUUACUAUUCAUGUCAAGGCAAAGGGUGAUGAUGGGACUGCAUUAAUGGAAGCUGUAUUUCGUGCUAUUCGUGCCCAGCCGAAUGCCAGUGUUAUUGGAUACAUAGCCAAGGAGGCUCCUGAAGGUACUCUUUUAGAGACUUGGGCUGAGAAAUUGAAGACUGCCGGUUUCCAGCAGAUUGCAGAUAUAACCAAUGGGUUUUCUGACCUGCUUGCUGUGAAGGAUGCUGAAGAAAUCUUGAAUGUGAAGAAAGCUGCAUAUUUGAGUGUCAGUGUGAUGAGUAAUGUUGUCAUUCCCAGUCUUGAGAAUGCUAUUGAUGAGGAGAAGAAAGUUACCCAUUCUUAUUUGAUGGAUGAGGCUGAGAAGGCCAUAAUGGAUCCUGCCAAAGCUAAGGCAAAGUUAAAAGCAGAGAAUUGUGAUAUAUGUUACCCUCCAAUAUUUCAGAGUGGGGGGGAGUUUGAUCUCAGACCUAGUGCUGCCAGCAAUGACGAGUACCUCUACUAUGAUCCUGCCAGUGUCAUUAUAGUUGCUAUUGGAGCCCGAUAUAACAAUUACUGCUCAAAUCUUGCCAGGACUUUCUUGAUUGAUGCCAAUACAAUGCAGACUAAGGCUUAUGAGGUUCUGCUCAAAGCCCAUGAAGCAGCAAUUGGUGCAUUGAAGCCUGGGAACAAGAUUAGUGCUGCAUAUCAAGCAGCCAUGUCAGUGGUUGAGAAAGAGGCUCCUGACUUAGUUCCAAAUCUGACAAAAUCAGCAGGGACUGGAAUUGGUCUUGAGUUCCGAGAGUCUGGACUGAAUAUUAAUGCCAAGAAUGAUCGAGUCCUGAAGCCAAAUAUGGUUUUUAAUGUGUCACUUGGUUUUCAGAACUUACAGAACCAAACAAAUAACCCUAAGAUCCAGAAUUUUUCUUUAUUAGUUGCUGAUACAAUUAUUGUAGGCCAAACAAAUCCAGAAGUGGGAACUUGUAAGAGCUCCAAAGCUGUUAAGGAUGUGGCAUACUCGUUCAGUGAAGAGGAUGAAGAAGUAAAACCAGAACCUAAACCUGUUGUUAAUGGCACAAAAGCCUUCAUUUCCAAGACAACACUAAGGUCUGAUACUGGGGAGAUCUCCAAAGAGGAAAUUCGGCGGCAGCACCAGGCUGAGCUUGCCCGUCAAAAGAAUGAAGAAACUGCACUUCGGCUUGCUGGUGGAGGAAGUGCAACAGGUGAUAACCGUUCAGCUGCAAAGACUUCAACUGAUUUGACAGCGUACAAGAAUGUCAAUGAUAUUCCUUCUGGAAGAGAUCUAAUGAUUCAGAUAGACCAGAAGAAUGAGGCAGUUCUUUUGCCUGUUUAUGGGAGUAUGGUACCUUUCCAUGUUGCUACAAUAAGGACAGUUUCCAGCCAGCAGGACACCAACAGAAAUUGCUAUAUUCGCAUAAUAUUUAAUGUGCCAGGAACUCCUUUUAGUCCGCAUGAUGCAAAUUCGCUGAAGUACCAGGGGGCCAUUUACCUGAAGGAGGUGUCAUUUCGCUCCAAGGACCCUAGGCACAUUAGUGAAGUGGUACAGCAGAUUAAGACACUUAGACGGCAUGUUGUGGCCAGGGAGUCUGAGAGGGCUGAGAGGGCAACCUUGGUUACCCAGGAGAAACUUCAGCUUGCUGGGAACAGAUUCAAACCAAUAAGGCUGUUGAACCUUUGGAUCCGUCCAGUAUUUGGUGGCCGGGGAAGAAAACUUCCUGGUGCUCUGGAAGCUCAUGUAAAUGGGUUUAGAUUUUCAACAAGUAGAAAUGAUGAGCGUGUGGAUAUUAUGUUUGCAAACAUCAAACAUGCAUUUUUCCAGCCUGCAGAGAGGGAAAUGAUCACUCUUCUCCACUUUCAUCUGCACAAUCAUAUCAUGGUGGGGAACAAGAAGACCAAGGACGUGCAGUUUUAUAUUGAAGUGAUGGAAUCAGUCCAGACUUUGGGGGGUGGAAGGAGGUCUGCAUAUGAUCCUGAUGAAAUUGAAGAAGAGCAAAGGGAAAGGGACAGGAAGAAUAAGAUCAACAUGGAUUUUCAGAGCUUUGUAAAUAGGGUGAAUGAUCUUUGGAGCCAGCCUCAAUUUAGUGGACUUGACCUUGAGUUUGAUCAGCCUUUGAGAGAGCUUGGCUUCCAUGGGGUGCCCUACAAAACCUCAUCUUUCAUUGUCCCAACAUCAAGCUGCUUGGUUGAGCUAAUUGAGACUCCUUUCCUUGUUGUCACCCUCAGUGAGAUUGAGAUUGUGAACUUGGAAAGAGUUGGUCUUGGACAGAAAAACUUUGAUAUGACCAUUGUGUUUAAGGACUUCAAGCGUGAUGUCCUUAGGAUUGAUUCUAUUCCAUCAACAGCACUGGAUGGCAUCAAGGAAUGGCUCGACACGACAGACAUCAAAUAUUAUGAGAGCAAGUUAAAUCUGAACUGGCGGCAGAUACUGAAGACAAUCACUGACGACCCUCAGAGUUUCAUAGAUGAUGGUGGAUGGGAAUUUUUGAAUUUGGAAGCUAGCGAUUCAGAUUCUGAUAACUCAGAGGAUUCAGACAAGGGUUAUGAGCCAUCGGAAGCAGAACCUGACUCUGAAUCAGAAGAUGAUGACUCUGACAGUGAGUCACUAGUGGAGUCUGAGGAUGAGGAGGAGGAGGAGGAUUCAGAGGGAGACUCUGAGGAAGAAAAGGGCAAGACAUGGGAAGAGUUAGAGAGGGAAGCAAGCAAUGCUGACAGGGAGAAAGGGAAUGAAUCAGAUAGUGAGGUGGAGAGGAAUAGAAGGAAAAUGAAGAAUCUUGGGAAGUCUCGAGCCCCUCCUAGUGGCAGCAUGGCCAAGCGCUCCAGGUUCAGAUAGAUGUGAUAGGAAUUUCUUUGUUUCUUUGUAUUAUGUUUUCAUGUUUGCACUAGUAGUAGUUGCUGCUUGUUUGGAAUGCAGUUUCCUGACCUGGCAUUGGAGCCAUUAGCUAGUGGUAGUUUUUAAGGUUCUUAUUCUAUGUAUUGCACCUGUUGGGCAUUAAAGUAGGAGUCUUGGAAGAUAGAUUUUUGGUUGUAAGUUGGCGACACAAGUUUUAAUGGAAUUAGAGUUCUACUAUUGUUCAAAAAAAUUAUCUAGAAGGAAAAGAAAUUUCACUCA